AAAAAAAGCAGUGCUAUGGUGUUGUGAGUGUUCCAUUUUUGAAUCUUCUCACGUCGUCCGCAAAUCGGAUUUCUAUUUUGGACCCGCAACCGAUGUAGUGCCCAGGGUAUCAAAAUGGGCCACAAGCAGUACCUGGCGGUGAGCCAGAGCGCUCGCAGCCGCCUCUUCGGUCUGCCAGGGGACAAAACACUGCCGCUAAACAUGCUGAUCUCACAGCAGGGCAAGAUCAAUCGUGGACGCCUAGCAGUCAUUACGUUCAGCAUAUUCACAGUCGCCCUCGGGAUCAUACUAUCAUUCGUGCCAUGGUUGGAUUAUAUAAUAUUUAGGGAAUUAAAGAUAUGGAAUGGUUCGUUGAGCUACAGUUAUUGGCAGCGACCUGGAGUCACGAGGCUAACGAAGGUCUACAUAUUCAACGUGACGAACCCUCACGGGUUCCUUGAGCAAGGGGAAAAGCCGAAACUGGUGGAAGUCGGCCCCUUUGUCUAUAGGGAAGAUAUGGAAAAGGUGAACAUCAAAUUCCACGAUAACGACACGGUAACAUUUCAACACAACAAAAUAUUGAGGUUCGUCCCGGAGUUGUCUGUCGACAAGGAUCAGAAGUUGGUUGUGCCCAACAUUCCAUUGUUGACUGUCACUUCUUUCUCUCCCAAUCUGGCUGGCUUCCUAUUCAACCUUCUUGUCUCUGGACUCGCUAUCACGUACAAGGAUCGUGCUAAACCGUUCGUCGAAGUCACAGCUGAAGAACUGGUGUUUGGAUAUGAUGACCCUUUGGUGACCCUAGCUCACUAUUUUUACCCCAAAGGAAAGCGGCCAAAUAGUCAAAUGGGAUUACUUUUAGCUAGAAACGGCACUCUUGAAGAGGUGUCGACCAUCUACACCGGGCAGAAGUCUAUGGACAGAUUCGGGUACAUAGACAAGAUAAACGGAUUGGAUCACCUGCCCCACUGGCGGGAUCGGCCUUGCAACGAUAUCAGGGCCUCCGAGGGAUCAUUCUAUCCUCCUCGAGCCGUUACCAAGUCUGAUAUGGUAUACGUGUAUGACAAAGACUUGUGCAGAAUACUACCACUGCAAUACAGAAAGGAUAUUUACAAAGAUGGCAUUCAAACUGGCUUGUACACUCCACCGAGUUCUACUUUAGAAAACGCUUACAUAAAUCCUGACAACAAAUGUUACUGCGACGGGGAGACGUGCCCACCCAGAGGACUGCAGAACAUAAGCCCCUGCCAAUACAAUGCUCCUGUGUACCUCUCGUACCCGCACUUCUUUGACGCUGAACCCACCUUGCUGGACAGCUUCGAAGGUUUGAAACCUGACAAGAAGAAGCAUGAGACCUACUUUAUGAUCCAACCGAAACUGGGUGUGCCCUUAGAAGGCUUCGUGCGAGUACAACUCAACCUGAAGGUAGACCGAGCUCCCGACAUCGGCAUCAACAGCAUCAACAAAUUCCCCGACAUCAUAUUCCCGGUCAUGUGGGUGGAAGAGGGCAUCCACGAGGUCACAACGCCAAUAUGGCGCUGGAUUUACCUUGCCACCACAGUGGGGCCAGUGGCAGCACCAUUACUAUCCUACUCCAUGAUAAUCUUGGGCCUUUUAGUGUUGAUUGUCAUGUUCAUCAAGGCAUACAAAAGCUUCGUCCUAGGCCAGAACUCCAUGGAAAUCGUCGAGAUAGGCAGAGAGACCCUGCGUCGUAGAUCAACAAUAAUAAUCCACGAAUCACAAAGGAUAUUGUCGGGCAGGGAAGCGUCGUACAAACUUCUCAAUCCACAGCAUGAUGGCUUGAUCGAUAGCAAGGCACAUGAACUGAAACAUGUAAAAUCGGAACUGAACCAGAGUCUUGACGAGAUAAAAUUCAAAUUUAAGUCUGAGUUCGUGAAAAGUAACGUGUGCGACACCGAAAGAGAAUCUCUCAUCAGUUCGGAUAACACGUUCAUUUUGUCAGAACACGCCAUGUGCAACAUCUUCAAGUUACCAGAGACGGUUUGUUAAUUUUGAGAAAAUUAUGUGUUUGUGCUGUGUUUUUAAUACUUUUCAGUGCUCUUUUGGCCAUUUGAUGUCAUUCGCUAUGGAUUGAAUGAACUUUCAAAUCGAAUUUGGUACUGACUUGAGUUAACAAGUGACAAUAGGUAUUUGGCGAAAAGCAUGACUCAAGUCUAUAUAUUUUUUAUAACAAGUCUGACACGUGAAUAAGAUUAAUUAAAACUUAAUGAUAAUUGUUAAAUAUAAUUCUUUGAAAUAAAUUUUAGGUAAUAUCAUAAAAUAAAAGUAUAAAUUUGGAGGUGACUAUUUUGAUAAAUAAAUGACUAGGAAAUGUUAUCAGUCGAGGAGUUUUUAAUAGUUUCUUCUAAAUUGUCCAAACUUUUUGCUUUGUUCAACCCAUACUUUUAUGGAUUUGACAAACAAAAGUUAACUUUUUUUAAUGUGUUGUAUGAAUAUUGUGUGUAUGGGUAGCAUUUUAUUUGAAUUCCUUAGAUAUAAUGAACAAAUUGCUCAUAUUUAGUGUGUAGCCAAAACUUUUUCAAUUAAAAAUAAAAGAACUUAUAUUGGAUAGUAGACAAUGCUAAAUAAUAAGACUGUUUAGAGAAUCUGGCAAGUAAAAUGUUAAGUCUUUGCUGUUAACCUUUAAUAAUGACUUUUUUGACUAGUUAAAUGAGAUGAAAAUCCCAUUUUUUUACGAAAUGUUUAAAUUAUCUUUAAUGUAUGUAAUGUGAAAUUAGAAACAUAAUUUGCAGCAAAAUGCUAGUCUAUUUAUGAUAAAAAUAAUUUUAAAUCAUGAGUUUCAUUUUCUUUUCAACCCAGAAUCGCAGCAUUAUAAGUGCGGUUGUUACCAACUCUCUUGUUGGGUUCUUGUGCUAUAAGAUGCGUGUUUUUACAAUUGAAAUUAAUAAAAAAAUUAUAAUAAAAAAAAUCUCCAAAAUUUACGCAGUUGGUAAAAAAAGAUGCACAUUAUAAAUUUUAUCAUCAAUUCGGUAAUUAAAUAAUACUUGAAUGUAGAACAGAUAAAUUGGUGUAACCAAAAAU